UUUACUUAAAGAAGAGACGAGACAAGAGGUAGGCGCAUCCCUAGCAGGAGAAAUGGCCGCCAUCGCCGCCCCUCGCAUCCUCCCCUGGAGCCUUGUUCUUGUGAUGGUGUUGCUCCUAGUAGCUAUGCAGGUGUCUGGAUCUGGAUCUGGAUCCAUCCUCGGUGGCCAUGGCCGUGAGCUGUCAGGGAAGCCGACAAAUUGCCCAAAGGCUUGUGCAGUCCGCUGCCAGACAUCCCAUUGGACGCGCAAGCGCUGCAUGAAGAACUGCAAUAUCUGCUGCCGCGAUUGCAGCUGCGUGCCCUCUCGUCACAAGCCCAAGAGUCGGAAGGGCCACUUCGUCGAGAAUUGCAGCUGCUACAAGGGGAUGGGCCACUUCUGCCCAUGAAUCAAUCACAAGAAUCCAUUGCACAAAGGUUUGCCCCUUUUGCACCUCCCGAUCCGUCCAGUCUUCUAGUCUGAUAAUGAAGGAAGAUUUUUGUGAAAGCAAACGUUACUAAAAACGUGGCUUCACAAGCAAUAUUACUACGCUAUAGUACAUAUUAAACAGAUUGCUAUUGGAAUGAAUGAUUUAUAAUUUUUAA